UCCAUGGUUGGUCUGCUGUAGGGUCACUUCAAGAGAAGUUUCAGGGAUUCUGUAUUCCAAAACACCUACAGAAAUGACAGUCUGUGAAGACGAGGACGUGCCAGAAUGUGCUGUAACAGCCGAAGUGACAACAGAAUGUGUGACAACCAUUUUAGUCGUUGACUGUUCAAGAGUUCAAAACAGCACCAGCGACUGUGAAACAAUAACAGAGGAGCCAACAGAAUGUGAUCCAACGACAACACCUCCACCGACCGACAUGACCCACACAGGAGUAUCUAAGAGCACAGAGAGUCAUUCUAGUCAUACAACAACAGUUCAGGAAAGGACAAGUGGUAACACAAACAGUCAAACCAUAAAAACCAACAGUCAGAUAACAACUGAAGAUCCACAUAGUCAAACAACUACAACACAGAAUGCUUAUAGUACAGUCACCAAUAAUGACACAACAAGAAGUCCGACAAGCAUAACAACAGUCACAAAUACUGAGACAACAUCUGAACCUAUAGGUAGUCAGACAAGGAUAACACAGAAUACAUAUAGUACAGUCACAAAUAGUGACACAACAACAGGCCAUGAUAGUACAAGUAGCCGUACAGUGGACACAUCAAUCACUGUCAGUCAAAAAACAACUGAACCUUCAGGUAGUCAGACAACAAUUACACAGAAUACAUAUAGUAAAGUUCCGAAUAGUAACACAACAAUAGAUACAGUUAGCACAAGAAGUCAGACAACAAGCGUAACAAUAGUCACAAAUACUGAAACACCUGAACCUACAGGUAGUCAGACAACUAUAACACAGAAUACAUAUAGUACAGUUACAAAUAGUGACAUAACAAUAGAGACCAAUAGCACAAGAAGUCCGACAACAGUCACAAAUACUGAAACUAAACCUGAACCUACAGGUAUUCAGACAACUAUAACACAGAAUACAUAUAGUACAGUCACAAAUAGGGAGAUAACAAUAGAGACCAAUAGCACAAGAAGUCCGACAAGCAUAACAACAGUCAGAAAUACUGAAACUACACCUGAACCUACAGGUAGUCAGACAACUAUAACACAGAAUACAUAUAGUACAGUCACAAAUAGUGACAUAACAAUAGAGACCAAUAGAACAAAAAGUCCGACAAGCAUAACAACAGUCAUAAAUACUGAAACACCUGAACCUACAGGUAGUCAGACAACCAUAACACAGAAUACAUAUAGUACAGUCACAAAUAGGGAGAUAACAAUAGAGACCGAUAGCACAAGAAGUCCGACAAGCGUAACAACAGUCACAAAUACUGAAACUACACCUGAACCUACAGGUAGUCAGACAACUAUAACACAGAAUACAUAUAGUACAGUCACAAAUAGGGAGAUAACAAUAGAGACCAAUAGCACAAGAAGUCCGACAAGCAUAACAACAGUCACAAAUACUGAAACUACACCUGAACCUACAGGUAGUCAGACAACUAUAACACAGAAUACAUAUAGUACAAUCACAAAUAGUGACAUAACAAUAGAGACCAAUAGCACAAGAAGUCCGACAAGCGUAACAACAGUCACAAAUACUGAAACUACACCUGAACCUACAGGUAGUCAGACAACUAUAACACAGAAUACAUAUAGUACAGUCACAAAUAGGGAGAUAACAAUAGAGACCAAUAGCACAAGAAGUCCGACAAGCAUAACAACAGUCACAAAUACUGAAACUACACCUGAACCUACAGGUAGUCAGACAACUAUAACACAGAAUACAUAUAGUACAAUCACAAAUAGUGACAUAACAAUAGAGACCAAUAGCACAAGAAGUCCGACAAGCAUAACAACAGUCACAAAUACUGAAACUAUACCUGAACCUACAGGUAGUCAGACAACUAUAACACAGAAUACAUAUAGUACAGUCACAAAUAGGGACAUAACAAUAGAGACCAAUAGCACAAGAAGUCCGACAAGCAUAACAACAGUCACAAAUACUGAAACUAAACCUGAACCUACAGGUAUUCAGACAACUAUAACACAGAAUACAUAUAGUACAGUCACAAAUAGGGACAUAACAAUAGAGACCAAUAGCACAAGAAGUCCGACAAGAAUAACAACAGUCACAAAUACUGAAACACCUGAACCUACAGGUAGUCAGACAACUACAACAAAGAAUACAUAUAGUACAGUCACAAAUAGGGAGAUAACAAUAGAGACCAAUAGCACAAGAAGUCCGACAAGAAUAACAACAGUCACAAAUACUGAAACACCUGAACCUACAGGUAGUCAGACAACAAUUACACAGAAUACAUAUAGUACAGUCCUGAAUAGUAACGCAACGAUAGAGACAUAUAGCACAAGAAGUCCGACAACAAGCGUAGCAACAGUCACAAAUACUGAAACACCUGAACCUACAGGUAGUCAGACAACUAUAACACAGAAUACAUAUAGUACAGUCACAAAUAGGGACAUAACAAUAGAGACCAAUAGCACAAGAAGUCCGACAAGAAUAACAACAGUCACAAAUACUGAAACACCUGAACCUACAGGUAGUCAGACAACAAUUACACAGAAUACAUAUAGUACAGUCCUGAAUAGUAACGCAACGAUAGAGACAUAUAGCACAAGAAGUCCGACAACAAGCGUAGCAACAGUCACAAAUACUGAAACACCUGAACCUACAGGCAGUCAGACAACUAUAACACAGAAUACAUAUAGUACAGUCCCCAAUAGUAACACAACAACAGAGACAUAUAGCACAAGAAGUCAGACAACAAGCGUAGCAACAGUCACAAAUACUGGAACACCUGAACCUACAGGUAGUCAGACAACCACAACCCAGAAUACAUAUAGUACAAUCACAAAUAGUGACAUAACAAUAGAGACCAAUAGCACAAGAAGUCCGACAAGCAUAACAACAGUCACAAAUACUGAAACUAUACCUGAACCUACAGGUAGUCAGACAACUAUAACACAGAAUACAUAUAGUACAGUCACAAAUAGGGACAUAACAAUAGAGACCAAUAGCACAAGAAGUCCAACAAGCAUAACAACAGUCACAAAUACUGAAACACCUGAACCUACAGGUAGUCAGACAACAAUUACACAGAAUACAUAUAGUACAGUCCUGAAUAGUAACGCAACAAUAGAGACAUAUAGCACAAGAAGUCAGACAACAAGCUUAACAACAGUCACAAAUACUGAAACACCUGAACCUACAGGUAGUCAGACAACUAUAACACAGAAUACAUAUAGUACAGUCCCGAAUAGUAACACAACGACAGAGACAUAUAGCACAAGAAGUCAGACAACAAGCGUAGCAACAGUCACAAAUACUGGAACACCUGAACCUACAGGUAGUCAGUCAACCACAACACAGAAUACAUAUAGUACAGUCACAAAUGGUGACAUAACAAUAGAGACCAAUAGCACAAGAAGUCCGACAAGCAUAACAACAGCCACAAAUACUGAAACUACAAGUCCGACAACAAGCGUAGCAACAGUCACAAAUACUGAAACACCUGAACCUACAGGCAGUCAGACAACUAUAACACAGAAUACAUAUAGUACAGUCCCCAAUAGUAACACAACAACAGAGACAUAUAGCACAAGAAGUCAGACAACAAGCGUAGCAACAGUCACAAAUACUGGAACACCUGAACCUACAGGUAGUCAGACAACCACAACCCAGAAUACAUAUAGUACAAUCACAAAUAGUGACAUAACAAUAGAGACCAAUAGCACAAGAAGUCCGACAAGCAUAACAACAGUCACAAAUACUGAAACUAUACCUGAACCUACAGGUAGUCAGACAACUAUAACACAGAAUACAUAUAGUACAGUCACAAAUAGGGACAUAACAAUAGAGACCAAUAGCACAAGAAGUCCAACAAGCAUAACAACAGUCACAAAUACUGAAACACCUGAACCUACAGGUAGUCAGACAACAAUUACACAGAAUACAUAUAGUACAGUCCUGAAUAGUAACGCAACAAUAGAGACAUAUAGCACAAGAAGUCAGACAACAAGCUUAACAACAGUCACAAAUACUGAAACACCUGAACCUACAGGUAGUCAGACAACUAUAACACAGAAUACAUAUAGUACAGUCCCGAAUAGUAACACAACGACAGAGACAUAUAGCACAAGAAGUCAGACAACAAGCGUAGCAACAGUCACAAAUACUGGAACACCUGAACCUACAGGUAGUCAGUCAACCACAACACAGAAUACAUAUAGUACAGUCACAAAUGGUGACAUAACAAUAGAGACCAAUAGCACAAGAAGUCCGACAAGCAUAACAACAGCCACAAAUACUGAAACUACGCCUGAACCUACAGGUAGUCAGACAACUAUAACACAGAAUACAUAUAGUACAGUCACAAAUAGGGACAUAACAAUAGAGGCCAAUAGCACAAGAAGUCCGACAAGCAUAACAUCAGUCACAAAUACUGAAACACCUGAACCUACUGGUAGUCGGACAACUACAACACAGAAUACAUAUAGUACAGACACAAAUAGUGACAUUACAAUAGAGACCAAUAGCACAAGAAGUCCGACAAGAAUAACAACAGUCACAAAUACUGAAACACCUGAACCUACAGGUAGUCAAACAACUACAACAAAGAAUACAUAUAGUACAGUCACAAAUAGGGAGAUAACAAUAGAGACCAAUAGCACAAGAAGUCCGACAAGCAUAACAUCAGUCACAAAUACUGAAACUAUACCUGAACCUACAGGUAGUCAGACAACUAUAACACAGAAUACAUAUAGUACAGUCACAAAUAGUGACAUAACAAUAGAGACCAAUAGUACAAGAAGUCCAACAAGCGUAACAACAGUCACAAAUACUGAAACACCUGAACCUACAGGUAGUCAGACAACUACAACACAGAAUACAUAUAGUAAAGACACAAAUAGUGACAUAACAAUAGAGACCAAUAGCACAAGAAAUCCAACAAGCGUAACAACAGUCACAAAUACUGAAUCUACACCUGAACCUACAGGUAGUCAGACAACUAUAACACAGAAUACAUAUAGUACAGACACAAAUAGUGACACAACAACAGUUCAUGAUAGUACAAGUAGUGAUACAGCGGGCACAACAAUCACGGUUAGUCAAAAAACAACUAAACCUACAGGUAGUCAAACAACCAUAACACAGAAUACAUAUAGUACAAUCUCAAAUAGUGACACAACAGAAGAGACCAAUAGCACAAGAGGUCCGACAAACAUAACAACAGUCACAAAUACUGAAACUACACCUGAACCAACAGGUAGUCAGACAACUAUAACACCAGCUACUCCUAUUACAGCCACCAAUAAUAACACAACAGUGCUUGAUAACAGCCAAACAACAACCAAGGAUAGUCAACCAACGAUAACACAGAAUACCUCUGUUAAACACAACAGUAGUGAUACUACAACUGUGCAUGAUAGUACAAGGAGUGAUACAGGGCAAACAACAAUCAAUGAUAGUACAAGUAGCCAUACAGCGGAAACAACAAUCAGUGUUAGUCAAAAAACAACUGAACCUACAGGUAGUCAAAAAACUAUAACACAGAAAACAUAUAGCACAGUCACAAAUAGUGACACAAUGAUAGAGACAAAUAGCACAAGAAGUCAGACAAGUGUAACAACAGUCACAAAUACUGUAACAACAUCUGUACCUACAGGUAGACAGACAACUAUAACACAAGCUACUCCUAUUAAAACAACAGUGUUUGAUAAAAGCAAAACAACAGACAAUGAUAGUCAAACAAUAACACAGGAAACAUCUAUUACACAAAACAAUAGUGACACUACAACUGUGAACAAUAGUACAAGUAGUGAUACAGGGGACACAACAAUCACUGUUAGUCCAAAAACAACUAAACUUACAGGUAGUCAGACAACGAUAACACAGAAUACAUAUAUUACAGUCACAAAUAGUAACACAACAACAGAGACAUAUAGCACAAGAAAUCAGACAAGCAUAACAACAGUCAUAAAUACUAAAACACCUAAACCUACUGGUAGUCAGACAACCAUAACACAGAAUACUUAUAGUACAGUCACAAAUAGUGACACAACAACAGAGUUUGAUAACAGCAAAACCACAAACAACAAUAGUCGUCCAACAAUAACACAGGUAACCUCUAUUACACACAACAAUAGUGACACUACAACUGUCCAUGAUAGUACAAGUAGUGAUACAGGGGACACAACAAUCACUGUUAGUCAAAAGACAACUGGAGGUCAAACCAGUGAAUUCUCUACUAAACCUACUGGGAUAACACAACAUAAUACAACAACUAAAGAAGGAACAAAUGUUAUGUCUUCAAGCAGUAUCACAAGUGUUGACCGUCUGACAACGGAGGGCCCUUGUGAUGACGGGACGUGUCCGUGCCCUAAGCACUUGUAUGGAGAAGGCUGUGUGUUUAUCUAUAAUGAAAUCAGCCUAGAUUUGGUCAGAACUAAACUGAACGUUUCGAUCCACGUCAUGAACGUAAACUUUAAAGCCUCGCUGAAUGAUCCGUUGUCUUUGGAAUAUCAAAAAUUCAAGGAAAGGUUUCUCGAGGAGAUGAAGGCCGUGUAUAAGGAGACACUGCCCUGGUUCAAAGAGAUAAGAAUCGUCUCCUUUCGACAAGGCAGUAUUAUUGUGGAGCACGAGGUUCUGCUGAAGGUGGACUAUAGGAAGUGUUAUGAAGAAACAAUAGAGGCAGAGGAUCGUUUACGUGCCACCUUAAAUGGACUGCAGUGCUCAUCUAAUGGGACAGAUAGAUUAUGCUUCAAUGUCUCCAAAACAACAGUCAACAGGGAAGAUAUCAGUUUACCAGAUCUGUGCUCGGAGGAAGAGUCCAUUCCAGAAAACCUGCGGCCUUACUUCUUUGGUGUGAACACGUCGAAGGUUCUACUAUGUGUCACCCAGUGCAGUGUCCGGCACCAUUCUUCCAUAGACUGUAACAGGGGACAGUGCAUCGUCAGUUACCCAGGACCCCAAUGUUAUUGUGACAGCUCAGACCAGUACUGGUACACAGGAGACCGAUGCCAGACAGCCAUUAGUAAGCCCGGUGUCUAUGGCGGAGUGACUGUAGGCUUGAUAGUGCUGAUCGUCAUCAUUGUGAUCUUGGUCGUUGUUUUAUGUCGACGUCGUCACAGCUCAAGCAAAGAUAUGUUGGAAGAUGCAAAUCCUCAAUGGCAUGAGUUCGGCUGGGAGAAGGAUAUUAAAGUACAGGGUAGACUCUGGAACCCAGAAAAGGACAGUAUGAUGAUAGGGCCCCAUGGAACCUUUAGGACCACACUGGAGAAUGUGAACCCAGGGGCGAAGUUGUCUCUCCCAAGACCUCAGCUGGCUACAUAGAAAGUACAAAGGAAGAACCGCCUGGCUAGGUGGAGUAGUGCGCCCUUAUGAGGACGCUAAUAUCAUAAAUUGUAUAGUGGUUUGUAUAUACAGGAGAGGAUGAUGUGAUACAAUUGUAUCCAGUCCAGACAUUCUUCCCCAGUGCUGACGGAUUGAUACAUUCUAUAUGCU